AUGGAUGAGGAGGUCGGCAACCGCGAGGAGGAAGAGGGGGAUCCGUCCAAAUUAGAGGCGGAGGAGAGAGGGCGGAAGAGGCGCCGACCGAUCACGCAUCUGCAGCCAUCCCGAUGGAAGACCCUCGGCGAGCACCAGAGCUAUUCCUCCAAGCUUCUCGACGCCCUCCGCCACGUCGGCCGCACAUCCAAGUCUCCCUCCCCGACCAGCGCCCGCGCCCCUCUGAGGAGCCGCGUCGUCCGGGAAGCGGCAGACCGCGUCUUGGCUGCUGCUGCCCGGGGCCGUACGAGGUGGAGCCACGCUAUACUCUCCAACAGCUGCGGCCUCAGGCUGCGCAGGAAGCGCCGCAUCGUCCCCCCCCGCUCGUCCCGCUGGACGAAUCGAGGAUCCUCAUCGUUGUUGGGACCCUCGGCAGCAGCGAAGAAGGCCCCCUCAAUGGGGAGGAAGGUGAAGGUGCUCGCGCGUCUGGUGCCCGGCUGCCGGAAACUACCCAUCCCGUUGCUGCUAGAAGAGGCCUCCGACUACAUCGCGGCCCUGGAGAUGCAGAUCCGCGCCAUGAACACACUCGCCAAAGUUCUCUCCUCUGUCGGCAGCAGCGGCGCCGGGUCGAGCACUUCGCUUCCCACCACCACCGCCACCAGCUCCUCUCCCCAGCCGGAGGCCUAG